GAGCAGACAGGAAGUGAUCACUGUCAUCUCUGUGGUCUCUGAUGCUGCUGUUAGCAUGUAGCUAUGCUAGCUGCUGCAGGUUAUGAUAAAAAACACAAACUAACACUGAUCAUAAAACCAUCAAUGAACUCAAACUAUUACAACAGACUAAAAAAUAAAUAAAAACAGAACAUGUUGACAUUCAGAGAAUAAAGUGUGAGUGUGUGUGUGUGUGUGUGCAGGACUCAGAGGGUGUGGCCAUCAUGCUGGGCGUGUGCAGUAGCGGCCUCCUGGUCUACAGAGACCGACUGAGGAUCAACAGAUUCUCGUGGCCGAAGAUCCUGAAGCUCUCGUACAAAAGGAACAACUUCUACAUCAAGAUCCGACCUGGAGAGUUUGACCAGUUUGAGUCUACGAUUGGUUUCAAGCUGCUGAACCACCGAUCAGCUAAAAGACUGUGGAAAGUGUGUGUGGAGCAUCACUCCUUCUUCAGGCUUGUGUCUCCAGAAGAGACGCCGAAGAAGUUUCUGAAUCUGGGUUCAAAGUUUCGAUACAGCGGUCGGACUCAGAUUCAGAGUCGCAGAGCCAGCGCUCAGAUCUCCAGACCGGCACCGCAUUUCCCAAGAUGCAUCAGCAAGAGGAACAUUCUGAGCCGCAGCCUAGAUGGAGCUCCGAUGGCCACGCCCACAUCCCCUCUGAUUGGCUCUCCAGCCAUCACAACGUCCCCUAAAGCCAACGGUGGUACACACACAGAUAUGGGAGCCGGUCUGUACGGAGCGUCUAAGUUCAUCGCCGUCAGUGACCUCAUCACCACGAUAACACCUGAGAGGACAAUGGAGGAGAGGAGGGUGGAGACAGUUGAGGAGGUGCUGGUGGUGGAGGAGGAGGUGCAGCAGGAGGAGGAAGAGGAGGAGACCAGAGCGACAGAGAUCUCUCCGGAGAGUCCUCCUACUCCUCAGAAGCAGGAAACCAAGAUGGAGCUCACUGACACCGCUGUGGACGGAGAUCUGACUGAGUCUGAUCAGGAUGAGGACUUGAGGACUCAGGAGACGAUGGGGAGUCCAGAGGAGGAGCAGAGACCUCAGACCUCCAUCAGUGCUCUGAGACGCUCCUUCUUAGAGGGAGGAGGAGGAGGAGGGAUGACAGAGUGGGAGAAACGUCUCGCCUCCUCACCUCUACGACGAGUCGACGACUCACCGAUGAUCGAACCUCUGGAACCAGAAGAGGCCCUUCCACUGGAAAGCAGCUCAUCAGCGGAGGGCGGCUUCAUAGCGAACCAAGCUUCUCCUCAGCCAAUCAGAGAGAAGAGCUACACCGUGGGGCGGAGCUAUGACACGGCCUCCGGGAGGGUCGUUACCAUGACGAUAACAGACGACAGCUCCGACGUCAUCGUGACGACGGUGCGUACGGGGAUGAGCAGGCCGGUCAGAAUCAUCCCGCUGUCCACCGCUGAUGAUGUCAUCACGGGGGGACCGUUAAUCACCAUCCGAGAGGUGAAGACGCCGACAUCACCGUCAGAACCGCCCAUCAACAGUGACCUCAUACGUAGGGGCGGAGCCUCUGUGAUCUCACCUUUGACCCCCCUCCUUCCUCCUAAACCUCCUCUGGAUGAGCUGAGUCUAAGCCCUGCCCCCUCGCCAGGUCACUUGACGGGCAGGACGUCGCCCUCCAUAACCGGACUGGUAUGCUGGUGAUUGGCUGGUUGGUGGUCGGCAUGGAAACAAGCAUGACGACCCGGCAGCGAGACGUUAACCUCACCGGCCCGACACAGGAAGUCAAACUGAACACUUCAGCUCUGAGAAACUGCAGGAAAAAAGAGUGCAGUGUGUCCUGCAGUGAGUGCAGUGAGUGCAGUCAGUGCAGUGUGUCCUACAAUGAGUGCAGUGUGUCCUGCAAUAAGGGCAAUGUGUCCUGCAAUGAGUGCAGUGAGGGCAGUGUGUCCUGCAGUGAGUGCAGUGAGUGCAGUCAGUGCAGUGUGUCCUGCAAUGAGUGCAGUGUGUCCUGCAAUAAGGGCAAUGUGUCCUGCAAUGAGUGCAGUGAGGGCAGUGUGUCCUGCAAUGAGGGCAAUGUGUCCUGCAGUGAGUGGUGUGUCCUGCAAUGAGUGCAGUGAGUGCAGUGUGUCCUGCAAUG